AUGCCCUGCUGGAGAAUCGCUGCGCUCAACAUUCUCCAGGAUACCCAAGCCAGACCAACCGCUGGCGACGGUGUCCGCGAUGCAAUUGUGGACGACUUUCGUUCCGAGGAGGGAAACUUCGUCAUCAUUUCGCUUGUUCGCAUAGUGACGCUGGAAGGAGCCUGGAAACACGGGUCGUAA